AUGCCUGACAGGUGUAUGAAGAAGAUCACAAGGAGAAGUUCAAUUGUGCUGCAAAAUAAAACUACCGAAAUGGAUGACAACGAACCUUCCAAAACUGACGCCGAUCUUGAUCUUUCGGACUUGAAUAGUCAAGAAUUGGACGAAUCGCGGGUCUUUUUGACAAGACAACAACUGAAGCAACGUCAACGACAGAAAUUCAAAAAAACUGAUAACUACAUACUUCGUGAAGAUCACAAGAGGGCCAAAGCUUUCAUCAACUCGGAGAGCGACUGUCCCUUCAACGAUAGCGAAAACAUCUACGACGCCUCAUCCAACUCCGACAACGUUGAAAACGCCCAAGUGGAGAUCCACAACACGCACUACCCCUUGAUAACGACGUCGAUAACAGUUGCGCUACCCAAGAAUGUAGUAGAGGAACAGAAACUGGAAGGGUUCUUCAAAAGAAAGUUGAAGUUUCUUCCGACAACCACGCCUGGUACUAUUGCUUCCUUGAGGCCAGCCAAGGCACCCCUAACGACGAAGACUUCUAUGUUCGUUACUACUCGUGCCAAAAAGAACAAGACUUCGGCGUCUACUGCGGCUCGGAAGUCCCUCUCACCAAUUUUGCUGCUGCCAAUACCCCCUACAAGUACCCUGACGAACCUCGCAGAGGAAGACUUGCCAUCUCUUGCGUCUACCACCACGGAUGCUUCUUCCUCACCUGAUGCAGCCAUUCCGGAGCCCUCCAGUUCCUUAUCAGUUCCGCUAGGAGGGGAUGAAACAACAGCCACGGCCUCUAAGUCUUCAGGAGAAGUGGAUGAGAACGACCUCGAUUCAUUCGGGAACGCAGACAAAGAUCUUGAUGAGUCACCAAGCACCACGACCACAGGGCAACCGGCAGUGCCACCUGACGAAACGGAAUUAUUGCACCGACAGCGAGCAACUCCGCCACUUCCUUCACUGACAACAUCAACUCCGUCAGAUUUGUGGUGGACUCCAAGACCCAGCUAUGUGGGAACCGAAGCUUUAUCAACUAUCUCUCGCUCAAAGAAAACAAACAUUAUUCCGGUUGAGCCUGUAAGAAGAAAGAAG